UUCCUCAUUUAAGCUCCGUUGUCGUUUUUUUCAAUAUCGUUAACAAAAAGGAGUCUCAACCAAUAGGAGCCUUGUGAUCCCCCAAUAUCUCUCUUUUUGCCCUUUUAUUUGGAAAUGGUGGAUAUGGCUUCCCCACUGUUGCUUCUGGCUACCUCUUUGUUGCUUCUCUCCACGGUUCACCCAAAGCAGGUGUUUGGUGUGGAACAACUUUCAGAAGUCAAGCUCAACUCUCGGAUCCUUCAGGAUUCAAUUGUAAAACAAGUCAAUGAAAACUCCAAAGCUGGAUGGAAAGCUGCCCUGAAUCCUAGAUUUUCUAAUUACACCGUUGGUGAGUUUAAGCACCUUCUUGGAGUCAAACCAACACCUAAGAAAGAACUCCUGGGCGUUCCUGUUGUAACUCAUGACAAAUACUUGAGGUUGCCAACUACUUUUGAUUCUAGAACAGCUUGGCCACAAUGUGGUACAAUUGGAAGAAUUCUCGAUCAGGGUCACUGUGGUUCUUGCUGGGCUUUUGGUGCUGUUGAAGCACUAUCUGAUAGGUUCUGUAUCCAUUUUGGCAUGAACAUAUCUCUGUCCGCUAAUGAUGUUGUUGCUUGCUGUGGCUUUCUAUGCGGAGAUGGUUGCGAUGGAGGGUAUCCGAUCUCUGCAUGGAGAUACUUUGCGCGAAAUGGUGUUGUCACUGAAGAGUGUGAUCCGUACUUUGAUGACAUUGGUUGUUCUCACCCUGGUUGCGAGCCUUCAUUUCCUACUCCUAAAUGUGUGAAAAAGUGUGUUAAGAGAAACCUUCUCUGGACGCAAUCAAAACACUACAGUGUCGGUGCGUAUAGGAUCAACUCAAGUCCUGCAGAUAUCAUGGCAGAGAUUUAUAAGAACGGUCCGGUUGAGGUCUCCUUCACUGUUUAUGAGGAUUUCGCUCACUACAAGUCGGGAGUUUACAAACAUGUGACCGGAGGCAUUAUGGGAGGCCAUGCAGUUAAGCUGAUUGGAUGGGGAACUUCUGAUGACGGAGAAGAUUAUUGGCUUCUUGCAAACCAGUGGAAUAGAGGCUGGGGUGAUGAUGGUUACUUCAAGAUCAUAAGGGGAGUAGACGAGUGUGGUAUUGAAUCCGAUGUCGUAGCUGGUUUGCCGUCCACCAAAAAUCUUGUUCGCGACGUUGCAGAUACGGAAAUCGUCGAAGAUGCUUCAUUCUAAGAGAAUGCUCAUCUAGACAUCCCCUACCUAAUGUAAUGAUAUAUCAGUGCAUGACUGUUUACCUUUGUUUCCACUUGGGGGUUUCAAAUGUUAUGCUUCGCUUCGUAAUAUCAAGUAUAAUGUAUUGUACCCA